UUCACUGUGCAAAAAUGUUAUACUACAUAGUUCUAGUGUUUCUAGUCACAGUUGCUUCGGGUGAAGAAGCACCAGAAUGCAACCUGAGAUCCGUCUUUAAAACACCAGAAGAAAUUAGGAAAACCCACUAUGAUAAAUUGGAAAUAAUUGAAAAGAACUGUAGAGAUCCAAUCGAACAAGGAAUACCAAUCCAGGAGGAAUUAAAAGAUGUUCCCAAGACUUUUGCUAAUGCACAAGUCUCACUGAAAAUUGGAGACCAGAAAAAUAUGUUCUACCAUCCUUACCCAGCACCUUAUUACUGCGGGUAUCCUCCGUAUGUUCCUCCUAAUUACUUCUACUACCCUCCACCACCUCCACCACCAGUUGGAUUCCCUUAUUUGUUCAAGGAUUCACAAGAAAAACCCAAAGAAACUGUGGUAGAAAAGGAAACCAUUACGGUGGUGAAAAACGUUCCAGUUGCCUCUCCAACAGUACUGCCUCAAGUUGUGAUCACCACCAAGGAUAUUAAAGAGGAAAUUGAGCUGAAGAAAGAUCCGUCCAUCAUGAAUGACAAGGACGGAGCUAUCGUUGAAGUUGUCGAGACUACUGUUGUACUCGACGAUAACAACUCAGUUCCAGAAAUUGCACUCCUACCACUUACAGGAACACAGAAAGCGCAAGAGAUUCCGAUCAUCACCGAAUUGCCAGCACCAGAACUCCAACCACUUACAGGAACACAGAAAGCGCAAGAGAUUCCGAUCAUCACCGAAUUGCCAGCGCCAGAACUCCUACCCCUUCAAUCUGUGCCUCAAGUACGAGAAAUAGUCGUCGACAUACCACAACCCAAAGUUGCACCAGAAAUUCCAAUCAUAACCGAAUUACCACAGCCAGAACUUGCUGGACUUCCAGAGAAGGUCCAAGAAGAAAUUAAGCUUCUUCCACUAAGUCCAGAAGCAGAAAUCGUAGAACCUUACCCAGUUCCGGGACUUCCCGAACUGCUCCCAGUGGUACAAGAAUCCGCUCAAAAGAAGGAAGAACUGAAUGAAAUACCCAUUACCAAAAUCACCAACUCAUUGCACCCCGAAGUGUUCCCGGAGGUUGUUUUAAAUUUGGAUGAGCUCAAGAGCUCAACCCCGAAAGUUGCAGAAGUACCUUCGGCUGCAAAGAACAUCAGCGAGGAUUUGAAACAUUCGUUGGCCUUGGUGAUCUGCUCCAGCUGCAAUUCGGAGCCCAAACUGGUCGUUACCUACCCCGUCGUCCACUUCUCCAACGCUUCCAAAGAAGCUGAAAGCAUCAAAGUGGAAGGAUGCGGCUGCGCCAAGAUCCAGGACGAAGAUAGGUUGUACAGGUACAACGGAGAAGUGGAAUUUUGUCCUUGCGCCUCCUGCUCCAAGUACCGCGGACGUGGUUUCGUUAAGGACUUGGACGAUCUGUUGAUGUACGUUCCUCCAGCACCGCUCAUCAUCGAACCACCGAGGAUUAUGUACCAGGAAGCUUCGUCUUCUUAUGGACGAAGUGUCUAUGAGGACCCGAGAAGGAUUGUAGUCUGUACCAAACCUAAGACGUAUUCUUAUGUCUUCGCCGACUCCAACAAGCCAGAGAUUGUCAAGGAGGCCUUCCAACCUCCAGCAACCAUUCAGAUUGUUUCCAAACCUAGGUGCGAACGCUACGAGGUCAUUCCUAGGUACAACAUUGUGCCCAGGUUCGAUAUUAAUCCUUCACAGGUCGAUGAUGUUGUCAGUAUUAAAAAGCCUGAGUGCCAAGCUUGUUCCAAAUACACUAAAGAGUUAAACGAUUAUUAAGUUUAGGUUUUUUAGUUGUUUUUUGUUUUAUAUUUUGUUUUAAAUAUAAUAAAUUUAAACUGAA